GCGGUGAAGAGGGGCGUCACUCCCGAGUAAGCUACGCCGUUUACCCGCUUAGAAUUAAGUCUGGAAAUGUUAUAAUUGUACCGAAGCCUCCAAACUGCAGGGGGCGCACGCGAUCCCUGUCGCUCCUUUAUGGACUGUCACGCAGCAGGCGACGUUGACUCAGAAGUUCUCUCUCCUGUUCUGCUCACGGUUUAAUUGGAACGUUGGCGACUGCUUAGCCUAGUUUGGUAGAGAGGUGAGUUGGAGAGCGAGGCGCCUUUUGCAAACUCACAUUCAGAGUCGUGUCUGCCUACAGAUUAAAAUCCCCGACUGUCUGUCCUUACCUUUAGUUCUUGUUUGGGGUGUGCAUGUGUCAAAAAUAACCACCCCCACACUAGUUACUCCCGCUCCCCUCCGCCCUAUUCUGCAUUCAUCAACCUGGAACAUCCCACAUUUGCGUUAAUCAGGUUGCAAUGCUUCCGGCGGUCAUAUUUUCAAUCUAGGAUACGUUACAAUGUGUGGGGAGGCGUUCGUGAUCCUGUGAUGGCCAGUGUGAAUGCAUACGCCGUUAGACGUCUAGUCUAAACAUGAGCAAGAGAAUGUCCUCAGCAUCUCCGCCUCCAGAUUUACAACAUGAAGCAUCCAAGGAGAAAGAGUAUCGAGUUCCAGGCCUGCGAAGUGUCCGGACCACUACCCUGUUUCGUGCUGUGAACCCAGAACUUUUCAUUAAACCUAACAAACCUGUUAUGGCUUUGGGGCUUAUAACAAUUACACUUUGCGUAGCCUACAUUGGGUACUUGCACGCCCAACAAGAGAAUAAAAAGGACAUCUAUGAAGCCAUCGACAGUGAGGGAAACAGACACACAAGGCGGAAGACUUCGAAAUGGGACUAAAGAAGUUAACACAAUAGUGUGUAUGAAUCAUUGUAGAAGAGGAGACAAAUAACUGGAUGCAGCUUCCUGAAUUUUUUUCAGGCUCUGGAGCAUCAGCUUUUUUCAGUACAAUAAUGUAUCUUUUGGAAUGUAAUCCACUUUUAAUCAACAGGUAUAAAAUGUUAUUGCCUGUAAAUACUGUGAAUAAAUGCCAGCAUUAUUAA